UAAUAAACAAGUUACACCCCACGGGCCACAGCUGUAGCCCUCUUCUAUAUAUCAAGCGGUAGUUUCAUCGACCACUUGGUGGGCGUGCGCUACUCAAACAUAACGAAUCUAAUCAUGAAGCCAAACAGGGCAACGGUGUUAACAUUUGCCGAAAAGUGCAAGAACAUUUUGGCUUCAAACUGGCAAGGCCACCUCAACACCAUUAAAGCUGACGCUAAAGGAAGCAAGAAUGAUAUAUAUACAUCAAAGGUUAAAUACAUAGUGAGAAAGGGAAAACCAUAUAUUUGGGUGCCUGAGAAGGAGUUGCAUAAUGUGAACAUGAUCAUCGAUGAACGUGGCUCAUUUUCCGUGACUACUCCCUACCCUGGUCCAUUAGCAAGCUUGCUCAGAUCGAUAAAAAAGUUACCAGCUCGAGUUGCUCUGACUGGUGAUGUUGUACCCCAUAAAGAUGAAAAGUCUGCCACAGAGAGCCUCAGAGAAAUCAUCUUCUCUGAACAGAAUGCAAUUAGAGAGUUCAGUUACACAGUUUCCGGUGUAUUAAGCUCUUCUAAUAUUCAUGAUACAUCUCGAACUGAAAACCUUAAAACCUUACUAGAAGCGGACGAAGAAUACGUGAUUUAUAAGUUUAAUCCAAGAUCAUGUGUUUUCAUUGAUGGCAAUGGAAGCACCCAUGAAGUAGACUUUGAGGAUAUGAACUCUUCUAAAGUUGAUCGGUUAGCUCCUUUGUCUGCUAAGAUAAUUGAUGGGAUUAAUCAAAGUGAAGCAAGGCGCCGAGCCCUGAUGCUGUUUUGCCUCACCUACUUGAAUGCAAAUGCAAAGGAUGCAUACAUGCUAUCUAUUGAUCGAAAGGGGUUCAACGUGUUGGGAAAAGUUUCCACUCCAAUAUCAAAGGAAGGCCCCGGUUACCAGUGGAAGGAAUAUCGUUUCGCGUUGAAAGAAGAGGCUCGGGAUGUUGAAACCUUCUGCCGCCAACUUGUGGAAAUGGAAGAAGAGGCCAUUAAGCACGUUUCAAGCUGUAGUGGUCUUGGAUGAAUGAGAGAAAAGCAAAAAAUCUACCCAACGUGUUUUGGUUUCAUACAUACGAACCAAUAUUUUCUGUUCUGCUUCUUUUCUUUUACACUCUUUAAGAGUUUAUUAAUAUCAUUGUUGAGUUUCUUUUGUUUUUUAAAUUUAUUUUUCUAUAUACAUAAUAAUUAUUUUUUUAGCUAAGUGAACAUUAAUGAAAUAGGUCUUCCAUUAGAGAGAAGUGGAGAUUCUUUGCUCCAAAUUGUUUUUAGAGGGGCAUAAGAAAUUGGCAAUCGUUAGUGAUUAUCUUCUCUUCCUUCUCACUAGACAAAACUCGUCAUUGUUUCUCUUUUCUUAUAUUCUUUCCAAUAACAGCAUAAAUAUCUAAAGUUUUAAAUUUGUAAACAGUAUAAAUUCAAUAUUUAUUUUAGCGGUAUAAGUAUCAAAUAUUUG